AGACUCUUGAGAAAAUGUCCGGAAGAGGAAAAGGCGGGAAGGGACUCGGUAAAGGAGGCGCCAAGCGUCACCGUAAGGUUCUCCGUGACAACAUCCAGGGCAUCACCAAGCCCGCCAUCCGCCGCCUGGCUCGCCGCGGCGGCGUGAAGCGGAUCUCCGGUUUGAUCUACGAGGAGACCCGCGGCGUGCUCAAGGUCUUCCUGGAGAACGUGAUCCGUGACGCAGUGACGUACACCGAGCACGCCAAGAGGAAGACGGUGACCGCCAUGGACGUGGUGUACGCGCUGAAGAGGCAGGGCCGCACCCUGUACGGCUUCGGAGGAAUACGCUCUGACGCGCUGACAAUCAGCCAAUGGGAGAGCGGCAACCGCACAGCAACGUUUGCAUAUCCAGGGCUUAAGACGGAGCAGCGCAGCGAUUACGACACGCAGUUGUUGGUGAACACCAGAUCUGUAGCCAUGCCUGAACCAGCAGUGAAAGCAGCGAAGAAGGGAUCCAAGAAGGCGGUGGCCAAGACCGCCGGCAAGAAGGACAAGAAGAGGAGAAAGACCAGGAAGGAGAGCUACGCCAUCUACGUGUACAAGGUGAUGAAGCAGGUCCACCCCGACACCGGCAUCUCCUCCAAGGCCAUGGGCAUCAUGAACUCGUUCGUGAGCGACAUCUUCGAGCGCAUCGCCGGCGAGGCAUCGCGCCUGGCCCACUACAACAAGCGCUCCACCAUCACCUCCAGGGAGAUCCAGACCGCCGUGAGGCUGCUGCUGCCCGGGGAGCUGGCCAAGCACGCCGUGUCCGAGGGCACCAAGGCCGUCACCAAGUACACCAGCUCCAAGCUACCCCAAAGCUUUGGAAAAAAUCACAGCUACCUUUCGUUCGAGAAGAGAAGCAGAAUGGCAAGAACCAAGCAGACCGCCCGCAAGUCCACCGGGGGGAAAGCCCCCAGGAAGCAGCUGGCCACCAAGGCUGCCCGUAAGAGCGCCCCGGCCACCGGCGGCGUGAAGAAGCCCCACCGUUACAGGCCCGGUACCGUGGCCCUGAGGGAGAUCCGUCGCUACCAGAAGUCCACCGAGCUGCUGAUCCGCAAGCUGCCCUUCCAGCGCCUGGUUCGCGAGAUCGCCCAGGACUUCAAGACCGACCUGCGCUUCCAGAGCUCCGCCGUCAUGGCCCUGCAGGAGUCCAGCGAGGCCUACCUGGUCGGCCUGUUCGAGGACACCAACCUGUGCGCCAUCCACGCCAAGAGGGUCACCAUCAUGCCCAAAGACAUCCAGCUGGCCCGCCGCAUCCGCGGAGAGAGGGCUUAGACUCACCGGACUGCUGAAAACCACACAACGGCUCUUUUAAGAGCCACCA